AUGCCGUCACAAAUAAUUCCCAAUGAAAAUAUCAGCAUCCUCCUCGUUGGAGAUUCCGGCGUCGAAUACACCCUCACCUGGAAGCUCUCCCAGUCUCCUCGCGUGUCCCACAUCUUCUGCUACCCCGGCAAUGCAGGCGUGGAGAGCUUACCCAAAGUCAAGAAUAUCCAGAAGCACAUUGACAGUUACUACCCAGCGUCCCUCAGGUAUCAAGCUCUCGUCAGAUUCGCUAAAGAGCAUGUGAUCAAUCUGGCGGUACUUGGAUUUCGCGAGGCCGUCUGCGAUGGAGCCGAGGAACUUUUCCGGGAAUAUGGUAUCCCUUGUUUCGCCCCCACCGAAGCGGCAGCCCGUCUCGAAAGCAAUCCUAUCUUCGCAAAGGACUUUAUGCAACGCCACGGUAUCCCCACACCCAGCUUCAAGGUAUUCAGCGGCUUCGUCCGAGCUGUCUCGCAUCUCAUGGAAGCGCGAUACCCUGUUAUCUUCCGAGGAGCUGAGCGAUUCGUUCCCGGUCAUGUCAUCACGCCGGAGAGCCGAGCAGACCAAAUAUUGCAGUUAUUGCAGGUUCGUAGACGCGGAGCAUUUGAAGAGGAGCAAGGCAUUGUUAUUGAGCAGCGUCUGGAGGGACAAGAGAUAAGUGCUCUUGCCAUGAGUGAUGGAAACCGCUUCUAUGCCUUCCCAGCGGUGAAAGUCCUUCGAGGGCUUCAAGAAGUAAAUGUUACCCCGAAGCUAACCGGCAUGGCAACUUAUAUGUCAACUCCGUCGGAAAGGCUGCCACUUGACAUCCAGAAUCGCAUUGUUCGAGACAUCCUAGAGCCCACUUUUAGGGCUUUGAACAAAGAGGGGCGACCUUCCAAAGGCUGUUUGUCGGCCAACAUUAUCCUCACUACCAAUGGUCCAAAACUGCUCGGCUACCGGACUGUAUUUCCAGACCCAGAAACCCAGGCCAUAAUCCCACUUAUUGACAAGAACACGGAUCUGGCAGAGGUUCUUCUCGCUUGCGUAAACGGGACACUCGAUAAGCUUCACGUCGGAUUGAAAAAGAGAUCUUUGUGCAGUGUUGCUCUCAGUGCAGAUCAGAACAGAGCGUUCCCGGCGCAAGGAGAGCAGGCUAGAGAUAUAACUGAUGUGCAAUCAUACCGUGAAAUGAAUCCCCAGGAUUCGGACAAAGACCUUGUAUUAGAUGCGCGCAUCUCUGCGCUCGAGAACGCAUGGGAAGAAAAAUGGGAGGGGGAGGAGGAAGAGGAUGACUCAGCAAACAAUGCAUCCUCUUCUCCUGGGUUCGUAUACUAUUGGUUUGAUGGAGACUACCAAGAACACACUGUGUUUCAGGCGUAUGAUAGCACAUGGCAGUGCCACGAGUACCGAACGUAUCGACCUUUCCCCGCGCCAAUGCCUGAGGGAGAGAGGGGAUAUGGAUGGACGACCUGGGGUGCGGUAGAGUGGUUCGAGGGGGUUAUUAAAAGGAAGGAAGGCGAGGAAGCUUCGCCGGGGCUCAGGCGACAGGAUACUCCCGCUGAAAGACUGUAG